AUGGCCGAAGAGUUUUACACGUCAAUGGGCAUGAAGCCGGUGCCACCAGAAUUCUGGCGUGGGUCGAUGUUGGUGAGACCACCGCAGCGCAGCGUGCAAUGCACUGCCAGUGCGUGGGACUUCUGCAAUAGGAUCGAUUACCGGAUAAAACAAUGCACAGAAGUAACGAUGCAGGAUUUGAUAUCCACUCACCACGAGAUGGCGCACAUUCAAUAUUAUCUGCAAUAUGCCGACCAACCGCACCUGUUUCGAGACGGAGCGAAUCCUGCUUUCCACGAAGCGGUAGCGAAUGCAGCUUCCCUAUCAGUAUACAAUUUGCCGCACUUGCAACGAGUGGGACUUUACCAAAAUAAAUCUCACGACCCAUAUGAAGUGACAAUGAACUUCUUAAUGUCGAUGGCUUUGGAGAAGGUGGCCUAUUUGCCUUUCGCAUUUAUGGUGGAUCAGUGGCGCUGGUCUGUCUUUGAAGAUGGAGUGGAAAAUAUGAACACGAGAUGGUGGCAAAUGAAGCUGCGAUAUCAAGGUGUAACGCCACCCAUACCAAGAACAGAAGCGGAUUUCGACCCCGGUUCUAAAUAUCACGUUAUUUCAGAUCAAGAGUACAUAAAAUACUUCCUGGCGACAAUACUGGAGUUCCAGAUCUUUGAACAGCUGUGCGUGGUGUCUGGACAUCUGGGGCACCUGCACGAGUGUGACGUUUACAGGAGUAGGGACGCCGGGAGGCUAUUGAGUGAAAUAAUGCAAGCGGGUUCAUCUAAGCCGACGUCAGAAGUAAUCAGGAGCAUGACUCGCGGUAGAACUAACAGGAUUUCGCCGGAGGCGCUCGUCAAAUAUUUCCGCCCGCUAGAACUUUGGCUCCGAGUGCAAAACCGAGACGAAGCGCUCAUUGGCUGGAAUUCAAAUCAAAUAGAUGUCGCCCUCUUCGCGCCACGGAAAAGCGCGGGAAAUUGUGGCAGGCCACCAUUAUUGUUCGUUGUUUUUGGUCUAUGUUUAUGGUUAAUUCAGUAA